CUUCUUUCAUUUUUUCUCUUUUUCAUGCAAAUGAAGUACAUUACAGACUGCCUUUACUAUAAAAAUAAGCCGAUAUAUUCAACGUAUAUAUACAGCGAGACUUCACGGAAGGGCGCUAUUGUGUAUAAAGGUGCGGAGAUAGAAACAACAGGCACAUUUUCUAUAUCCCAAAAAGAAAACAGACUAAUAGCUGGAAACUAUAAUAACAUAGUAGUCAUAGACCUAGAACGGGCAUCUGCGCCGUACACCAUCUAUGACAAUAAAAUAAUAAACUAUAACCAUACCGAGUAUGAAGGAACUAUAUAUUCAGUCGGCCUGGGGUGCUAUACAGAAAUUAACACAAAAACCGGAGAUAUCACUUGGCACCAGUAUUUCUGCAAUGGAGAAAAGUGCAUACACGAUAUUCUUUCUGUGGCAGUAGACAAACAGCACAUUUACAUAGGGUGCGACAUUGGGUGCUUAUCAUAUAUCGAUAGAAACACGCAUAGUGUGCUAGAAACACAUAGCUUUUCAGGCGGAAUAACUUGGCUUUGUGUUCUUUCUGCUGCGAAUGGGCAUAGUUAUAGUGGACUAGAAGUAGGAACAUAUAUGGGAGAAUACGCAAUAAUUUCAGAAAGAAAAAUACUACUGCAAAAGAGCACAGGAUCUAUUAUAUGGAGGAUAAACAGAGUAGAAAUUGAGGGGGCAGUAUACAAUGUUAUAGCACAGUCAUAUGACGGGAUAGGCAUAUACACAGAAGAUCUAAUACUUAUUAAACACAUACCAACUACAGAUCUAGUGUAUACUGUAGAAAUAGACAAGGAUAGAAGGAAGCUUCUAGGAUAUAAUUAUUAUACAGGAGAGAUCCAGAGUACUGAUCUAUUCAACAUAAAAUAGGAAUAAAUAAGAUAGAAUUUCGGGU